AUGUUCUACACACACGUGCUCAUGAGCAAGCGAGGGCCGCUGGCCAAAAUCUGGCUGGCAGCUCACUGGGAGAAGAAGCUCACAAAGGCCCACGUGUCGGAAUGUAAUCUGGAGACGAUCAUUGAGAAGAUUAUUUCCCCUAAGGUGAAAAUUGCACUUCGAACUUCAGGACACCUUCUUUUGGGAGUUGUUCGAAUCUAUAAUAGGAAGGCGAAGUAUCUUUUGGCAGAUUGCAGUGAAGCGUUGCUUAAAAUGAAGAUGACAUUUCGCCCAGGACUAGUUGACCUUCCAAAGGAGAACUUUGAAGCAUCUUACAGUUCUAUCACAUUGCCAGAAGAAUUCCAUGAUUUUGAAAUCCAGAAUGUGAACGCUAUUGAUGUUUUAGAAAAAUUUACUCAGAACCAAAGCAGACCAGAAGAAAUCACACUUAGAGAAGAUUAUCACAGUGAUCUACUUUUCCAAGCUGGGAGCUUUGGGGAAGAAUCUGAAAUUCUCAGAAGCUAUAGCUUCUUUGAUGACAACAUCUUGCUGAAUUCCAGUGGUCCUUUAGCUGAACAUAGUUCUGGAAGCCUCAAUGGAGAAAAAUCUCUGUUCUAUGACAGUGGAGAUGGAUUUGGUGAUGAAGGGGCUGCAGGAGAAAUGAUUGACAAUCUAUUACAAGAUGAUGAGAAUAUCCUGUUAGAAGAUAUGCAUUUGAACAAAGAAAUUUCCAUGCCUCCUGAUCCUCCUGAUAUGAUAGUGGAACCAGUCAAUCCAGAGUGUAUACCUCUACCAGAAAAUGAAAAAAUGAAUGAAACCACAUUAUCAAAUGAAGAGGAAGGAUUUAUCCUUGAUCCAAUUGAUGCUUCAGACCUUGCUUGGAAAAGGAAAAGCAAAAAGAGGAAAUUGCUCAUAGAUCCAGUCAAGGAGAUCAGUAGCAAAAUUAUGCAUAAACAGCUUACUUCCUUUGCUGACACACUCAUGGUUUUGGAACUUGCACCUCCUACCCAAAGAUUGAUGAUGUGGAAAAAGAGGGGAGGAGUGGAUACACUUCUGUCAAAUGCUACCCAGGAUUUGAUUCAUACUGAACUGAAAAUGUUGUUUACAAAACGCUUUCUGUCCUCUGGCUUUAAACUUGGAAGAAAAUUGAUACAGAAGCAAUCAAUAAGGGAAGAAAUGAGAGGCAGGAACAUAGUGGAGGCCUCCAUGAUGAAAAAUCCAAAUUCCCAACAAGAGUUAAGUCAACCCAAAACUUGGAAGGAUGUGAUUAAUGUAUCAAAUGGUAGCUUUCAUGAGGACACCAAUAGAAAUAUUAGUUCUGAGCAGGAUAUUGUUUCUUUGGCUGCUGAGGAAUCCCCUUUAAUGAAUGUUGUCUUGGCACAAGAAAUUGAAAACUGCCCAGUUGAAUUGGAGUCAUUGGGAAAUGAACAAAAUAUUGAGGCAGAGAGAUGGAAUCGAAGAAUACGUCAGAUGUUAAAUGAUUUGAGGGAAUUCUACAAGACAGGAAUGAAGCACUUUAGUCUGAUGACUCUCUGCAGAAAUAGUGACCGAAAACAAGCAGCCGCCAGAUUUUAUAGCUUUCUCGUCCUAAAAAAACAGCGGGCUAUUGAGCUGAGCCAGAGAGCCCCCUAUGCAGAUAUUAUAGCUACAGUGGGACCAAUGUUCCAUAAAAUAUGA